UUUUUCACAGGUGGAACCCUGCCCACCUCCCCCGGGUGGAAGUGAAACCUGCAAGAUCUUUACCUGAGGGGAAGCGCAGGAGGCACUCAGAGCAUGGGAAGAGGUCAAGAAACCGUGGUUGCCUAUUGGGAUUAUCGUGCCUGUCUGCCUCCUUCCCCUCAGACAGCAGACCCCAGGACUCAUUCAUCCUGUGCUCACACGGAGCUUGGCACCUGCCGGCCUCGGGGAGAACCAGUGGAAUAGAGAUGCCCAGAGCGUAAGCACACGUGUUCCCUCCUCCAGGCUGGCAAGGGAGCAGGGCCUGGGCCUGCUCUGGGAAGAGUAUCUGAUCAAGCUCCACUGAUGAUGGACCAGGGGGAGGAAGGUGACGAAGAGGAAGCCUGGCUGCGGCUUCGACCAGUAGAGCCUUUGCCCUCGCAGUGCUGCGGCAGUGGCUGCUCGCCCUGUGUGUUUGACGUCUACCAGCGAGACCUGGCAAGGUGGGAGGCUGCCCGAGCCAGCAAGGACAGGAGCCUGCUGAGUAGGGAGAGACACAGCAGAGAGAAAAGAGUGGGCCUAAUGAAGCAGACUGAUCCAGGUUCAAAGCCUGACCCUGAGUUGAGCUGCCCUUCCAAGCUGAGCCCAGAGACCUUCCUGGCCUUCCUCAUCAGUGCUGUGGACAGGCUCACCAAGGACACCUACCUUGUCCGGUUUGCACUACCCGGGAACAGCCAGCUCGGCCUGCGGCCUGGCCAGCACCUCAUUCUACGAGGGACAGUAGAUGACUUAGAAAUUCAGAGAGCCUAUACGCCCAUCAGCCCCGCCAAUGCAGAAGGAUACUUUGAAGUUUUAAUCAAGUGCUACCAGACUGGGCUGAUGUCCCGGUAUGUCAGGUCCUGGAAAGCAGGAGACACAGCUUUCUGGAGAGGACCCUUCGGAGGCUUCUUCUAUAAACCAAACCAGUACGGGGAGCUCCUCAUGCUGGCUGCUGGCACCGGCCUGGCCCCCAUGGUGCCCAUCCUCCGGAGCAUCACAGACAACGCAGAGGACGAGACCUUCAUCACCCUGGUCGGCUGCUUCAAGACCUUUGAGGGCAUCUACCUGAAACCCUUCCUCCAGGAGCAGGCCCGUUUCUGGAAUGUCCGCACCUUCUUUGUCCUCAGCCAGGAGAACUCCCUGGAGCAGCUCCCCUGGAGUUACCGGGACAGGACCCGCUUUGGCCGCCUGGACCAGGACCUGCUUGAAGAACUGGUCAGCACCUGUCGGAGAAAGCCAUUCGCUCUGGUCUGUGGAUCAGCCGAGUUUACCAAGGACAUGGCUGGGUACUUGCUGCACGCAGGCCUGGCCGAGGACUCCUACUUCCUCUUCUAGGCCUGGCCUCACUUCUAAAGCUCAGGCCUGGGGCCCGGCACUGGGAAGCAGGAAGGAGCAUGGACUGGAAUCCGAAGACAUGAAUGGGAGACCGCUGUUCGUGCUCCAGGUGACCUGGGACAAAUACCUUUGCCUCUGCAGACCUCCAUUUCUCAUCCAUCCCACGAGGUCACUGACGCUCCGAUAGGCAUCCUGCUGGGAGGAGAGAGGAUGGGGCUCUAGGAGUCCUGAACAGGAAAGUAUACAGUGGGCAGUCAGGGAGGACUUCCUGGAAGGAGCCAGGUCCUGGCUGAGUAGGAAUUGGCAGAAGGAGGACUGGGAGGGGCUUUCCUGAUUCCUCAGCCAAAGCCUGCUUUCCCUGGAGUCUGUGUAUCUCUUGUGGCCUCCAGGCCAGCUCAGAGGAGGUGCUCACUGACUGCUUAGGGAAUGACCGCCGGGGAUGCUGGAGGAAGAACUAGCUGUCUGGGCCUCUAGUGCUGUGAGCCUGACACAAUGAAGGUCAAGGCUUCUUUGACCUGACCACAUUUCAGAGCAAGGUGGGGCCCUAGACUACCUUUCUUUUGGCCCCAGGCCUUUCCUGCUGCAAAGGGCUUCCCUCUCAGUCUCCCUUUCCUGGCUCGAGAGCUCAGCCCAGAGUCCUUUCCCCGGCAAAAGAGGUACGGAAGGAAGCUAAUGCCCCUCCCUCCUGCAGGCAGCCAGCUCAGCCUGCACUGGCAGCUCAGCACCCUGGUGACGGUUGCUAUGGAGAUCUAAAGAUAGAGCAGGAGUCGGGAGACCUGGGUCCCUCUCCCUGCUCUGCCCAUUGAGCUGCUGCUGUUCCCUGCCCCCCACACGCCACCCGCUCCAUCCUGAACGGGGCAUGCCCUCCCCAGGGAACCCAGUGCUCCUGGGCAGCACACUGCAGAUAAUGAAUUCUGCUUUUUUUGCAGCCUGUGCUCCUGUCUGCUGCACCAGCUCCAGCUGGCUACAGGCAGUCCCAGAACUGGAAUAUUAAGCCAUGGAAUCUCAGAAUCAAAGGACCAUAAAAUCGAAGAGUUAGAAUUUUGCAGUCAUAAAAUCGCAGUCUUCGUCACAUGCGUGUGUGCGCGUGCUAAGUCACUUAAGUCUUGUCUGACUCUUUGCCCGCCAGGCUCCUCUAUCCCUGGAAUUCUCUGGGCAAGAAUAGUAGAAUGGGUUGCCAUAGCCUCCUCCAGGGGAUCUUCCCAGCCCAGGGCUCGAACCCACCCAUGCCACCUACAUUGGCAGGCAAAUUCUUUACCACUAGCCCCACCUGGGAAGCCCAGUCCUCAUCAUAUCAGAGGUUAAAGCUCAGGACUCCAGAAAGUAUCUCUUCCAUCAGAUUCAUUGUAUCAAUGGGGGAAUCAGGGCCCAGAGAGGCCAUGUGAUCUGCCCAAUAUAAAACAGUUCACUGCGGGGCCAGCAUCAGAAGCCAGAUUUAUAAUGUCAGCCCUGUCCACAGAUUCUAUACCAGUGAUUUUUUUUAGACUGGACUCUGUAGGAUAGCAUAGUUCCUGGCAUGGCUGCUGUGAAGGAAUGGAAGCUGGGUGGGAUCCCCAGGACCCCCUCCAACCAGAGCGGUUCUGUUUUUAUCCCAUUUAUAUCUUGGGGCUUGGAGUCAUUUUCAUUUGUGAAAUAGGUUUUUCCUAUACUGCCCAAAAAGUUGCAACAAAACUCCGUGCUGUGCCGUGUUCAAUAAAUAAGGACAGGCCAUUGCGGGGUGGUGCCAAAGGUUUCAAACCAAGUUUCACAGGCAGCAUUCCAUUGUCAUGUAGAUGUGGAGAAUACUGCCUGUGGCCUUUGCCAGCAAUUAUGUGCAUGUAAGCAUGUGAGCAUAAUAAAGGUUCUGAAAAGUCCA